AUGAGCCACCCCGGUGUGGCAAACCGAGCGGGGUUGAACCCAAACGGUGGCAACUUCUACACUGCCAUGUACAGUGGAGGGAUUCCCCCAAAAGAGGAGAGCCAAAAAGGCUAUGUGGGAGAAGACAAAAACUGGAGCAGUAAAGGAGGAGGCCCCCUGACCCCCAUAGGGAAAAAUCUCAAUGGUGUAAUUUUUUACCAAAACGAAAUUCCCAUUGACAGAAUGAAAAGUGCCACACCUGGGGGGGCAUUUACACCAAAUGGUAGUGAGCAGUAUGGUGAGGCAGACAAUUUGAUGAUCCACCAGAGUUGCAUAAACCAUGUUCAGCAGGAUGGUUUGGUUGGAGACAAAGAUGAGGAGAUAUGUACCCUCCUUCCUGGCGAUAACAACAGAUGUGAUCGUUUAACCUCUAUGCUGGGUAACGUCCCGGAGGGGUACAUUCAAAAUGUACCAAUUAACUACCAAGUGGGGUGGACGUGCAGUAACGAAUGGGGUGGGAGCCAAACACAGGGUGUCGCUCCAAGUGGAAACAACCCUAACGCUAGGAGGAAUGGUAUUUCCCAUUUGAACAGCAGUACCACUCCUCUGCCGAAUAAUCGUUGUGCCGGUCCAAAUUACCCGUUUGACAAGAGUGGGGGGGACAACCACGGUGACCUUCCCAGUGAUGUACACUUGAAUAACCACCCAACUAGCAGUUUAGUGUACCACCCGGAUGGCUAUCCUAUCGGCAGCAAGACUAACUCAAUCUACCUGAACAGGGACGUGUUGAAACUCCCAGUGAGUGAAGACGCGCAUGUAAUUCCCCAAAAGGGGUAUCCAACGAGCAGUGGUAACUACCACGUUAGUGGUGAGGAGACUAAUCAGAUGGAUCCCCCGAACUGUACAAAGGCAAUGUUCACUUAUCAGUGGAGUAAUGAGGAGCUUCUCUCCAAGCAGGCGAACAUGCCAAGCUAUAGGAUUAGGAGGAAGGGGGACAAUACACAUGAAGGCGAAUCGUACGAAAUGCGCAGCAGUGAGUAUGAGCCGAUUGGGCAGCCCCAUCUGCAGCAAGGGCAACCCAAUUUUGCCAGUAGUAAGGGGUACGUGUACCCUAGUGGGUUCCAGGCCCAGACGCAGUUAAACCCAAGUGGAGCCCCGCUAAUCAACACCUGUGGAAGUUUCCCCGUUGGAAGUGCCAUUCGGGAAGACGACAGUGUUACUGCACAUGUGGGCAGCAGUAGGGAUGGCCAGUCUCUAAACCGUCGGCAGGGGACAGUCCCAUUCGAGGAACAACUGGCUGACUAUGCAGGUGCACAAGUGGACAGCACGGAGAGCACAAUGCAUAACCCAUUAACAUUACCGUUGAACCGAGAUGUGCAUGCAAAUAACUCCACUGCAGUAGCCUCAGAUAAUCUGGUAGGCAAUUCAUAUGCCCCCUUUGUAGAUAAUCAAAUGCAGAAUUGCCAACCCUUGGGGGAGGGAAAGUUCUUCCCCAUCAACGGCAACUACUGCGUGAGUAGUUUAGGAGGUGCAUACCCAUUCGAUGGCAACCAGAUGGGAGACACAACCGGAUUCAUGAAAUUGUAUAAUAAUGGUAAUACUUAUGGUGAGGACACUGAGGUGUCAGCAUGGCCAACACUGGGGAGUUAUCCCCCAAAGGAGGUUCUUAACAGUGCCACGAGCAAUGCUAAAGAGAGCCACAGCAGUUUAAUAGGCAGUAGUGGGGACGGAGGCGCCUCCCCCCAUCUGUGCAGUUUCCCCCAUAUGUGCAAUUCCCCCGGUGAGAGUAACUUCACCGGCGUGAGUAACUUUCCCGGCGCGUGUGACCUACCGCAGCGAGGCUUAAGUAGCAGCUCACGCCAGCUGAGCCUGCUGGACGAGCCGAACGGGGUGAGUAAUGAGCAGGAAGAAGCUCUGCAGCGGCAACGGAUGUACGACUUGUAUGUGCAGUCGCUGUUGAGUGAGGCGGGUGGAUUGGUCAACCCGGGUGGAGUGAUAGCCCCAGGUGGAGUUGCCACCCCGAAGACGCACCCUGGAGAAAAGAACGACCAGCUAAUACUGUUCAAUUUAAAGAACAUGCGAAAUAAAAUCGCGAAGAAGGCCCCCCAAAAGGCCAGCAACUAUCUGUCCUACUUGGACCAUUACAUCGCCUCCCUACGCCUGCUUUACAAAAAACUUCUGAGCAACAGAAAAUUGAUAUUCAUCCUGGCGAAGGAAGUAUUUGCGCCCCAAAAAAAAAGGGAUAAAAAGGCGUACGCGGACGAUAAGGCGUCCCCCUUUGAGACGAAGCAUUCAUAUGUGCAAGAAUUGUUGGCAGCUCUGCUACCCCAACCACCUGUCUUCCCGCCAUUCGAGAUUUGGAUCUGCAUGGGGAAAAAAAAUGCCAGCCAACUGCACAAGCUGCACCUAACAAUAUAUAUUAUUUACCAAAAGAUUAUUUGCAAUAUUUCAAACAUAUUAUUAAAAAUAAAUAAGGACAUGGUGAGUUAUGCAAGCAAGAAUAAACUUAGCAAACGCAGUGGGACUGACUCUCUUAAUGAUUAUGUGAAUGACCACGGGGAGGGGGUGAAGCGGGCUGAUUGCCCCGUUUUGAGUGCCACAAGGGGUGAGGCUCCCGUGGGGGGGCUCCCCAGCGGUGAGUGCGUGGCGAAGAGGGGAGUCCAUGACAGGGAGGUGGCUUCCGCCGUUGAGGACGCGGUAGAAGCGGUUGACGGGGUUGACGCGGGUGAAUCGGUUGACGCGGUUGCCCCGGUUGACUCUGUUGACGCGGCGGACGAGCCGAAUCCCCACAGAGGAGACAUCCCCAGAAGGUGCCUGUUCCGAAUCGACCAGAAGCUAGCCAUUAUGAUGGCCUCAAUUGAUAACAUAAGCAAAAUGAUGAACCUGGCCAAAGGGGAAGGAAGCAAUGGAAGUAGUGGCCCCUCAGUGGACCCCCCCGAUGAGGAAGGCAAAUCGAUUGAUGAGACCCCCAAAGAAGUGGGCGAUGUAGGCGAAGACGGGGAUAACACCCAGCAGGAUGACGAACGUGGCCUUGAAAAAGAAGGCGAAAUGGUUAAACAUACGCAAAAUGCAAGUGAAGGCAUCUCCCCAAGUGGGUGCCAGCCACGCCCCAUCAGCAUCAGCCCGAAGGAUGGCCAAAUAGUCGCGUACGACGAGCCAACAUGCAAUGAUGGGCGACCCCUCUUUGAAAAGAUGGCCAAGUUUAAGCUGGACUAUAGCAACUCCAUGGGAAAGGAAUCUCCUGUGAAAUUGCUAAACGAGCUCAAGUACGAACUUAGAAAUGUGUAUAACGAAAUACGAGCUUUAAAGAGGCAUGACAGUUACUGCCUCUCCAGGAGGGAUAGCGGAGAGGCGGGAGGCUCCCUCGAAUUGGUAAACCCUAAUGAUGACCAUGGGGAUGACUAUGCAGUUCCGUCAUAUCGUAGCGCAGUUUCAAAUGUGAAGGUAAAGGCGGCAGACGAAACGUGCCUCUUAAACGAUUUGUUAUACAACCGAAGUGAAAGCCCCAACCCGUUGGUGAAUGCUCACACAGAGGAUUACCACCCUUGCGCGAGUAAAAAAAAAGGGAAAAAGAUAAAUCAAAGGCAGCAAACCGAUCUACUUAACAGUCUCAUAAAUAGCAACAUCUGCUCCAACGAACAAGUUAAUAACGACGUCGUCUAUGAUUUGAAGUACACAGAUGACAUUUUUAAGAAGCUUUUAUUUUUGUGCCAAAAUUUUUACACAAAUUUAUCCGAGUAUAAGGAAUACGCUUUGGGGUCUCUUCACGAGAAUGAAGUGGACUUAACUAAUUUGGGAGAACUCCACAAUUUUAGGUACCUGAACAGUCAGGCAUUUUUUGCCAACAGGCCACUGCUCCCCAGUGGGGAGUUACCACCUGAAGAGGAUUUUCCCGCGGGGAAGUACCAACUAGAGGAGGGGGCCCCCCCCCUGUGCAGUGAAAAUGGGGACGUUGGCCUGCACACUAUUGAGCAAGUGAAUGGCCUCCCCGUCGAAGCGGAAGAUCACCCGUCGAAUGUGCCGCCAGUGGUAGGAAGUAGCGGUGGGGACGACGGCGAGGAGACUCACCUGAGCGACGACCAAGUGGGAUCCACGAACUGUGCAAAUGGAGCGACAAAUGCACAUGGCGCUAACUGCACACAUUUGAGAGGUGUCUUCCCGUAUGAUGCGCCCGAGAGUUCCACCCCGUACAGCCAACACUACUUCCGGGGAAGGAUCCCCCCCUGGGUGGAACUACCGAUGGAGAAGAAGGAAGAUAAAGAAGGUGCCCACCAAGUGGAUGCCUUUUUCGCCAAAUUCUAUGGCCAAGAAGAACUGACAGAAGCGUAUGGCGAGACCCCCCGAAGUGCCAUUUUGCAGAUGGGCCAAAUGGACAACUAUUUAGCAGCCGCUUGCACGGGGGGAAGUGAAGGGGUGCGGUAUAGCCCCUUUUUCUUGAAAGCAGCUAAUGGGGAUUACGCACGGGGGGAAGUAGGCUUGGGCAACGGCCCCUCAGAAACGCUGCUAAUUAGCACACAAAACGGACCUCACCAUAGUUACCCCAUUCAGCACAGGGGCGAUGCCUACGGCGCUAUAAGAAAUGCACUUCUCAUUGAUACGCCGCAUGCCAAUUCGGAAGAGUCAUAUGUGAACAAUUCCUACGUGCAGAACGAUGUGGAGACAGCCAAAAAUUGUAAUUACCUUUUAAGCAAUGUGCAGAAUGUGUACUACCCUACUGGGGAGAAUUUGCCGCUAACUUUUGAAAGCACGGAAGGGCUAGUGCGUAGCGAUUGUCGGAAGUGCGAAGCGAGUGUCCCCCACCCGUAUGCUGCUAACACGAAUGGGAAUAUGAGAAGUGACGAUGCCUUCCUAGGGUUCAGUACCCCAAUGAUGAGGUGCUUAAAUGCUGAUGGGGGCUACUCUGGGGGAGAGGUAAUGGGGAACCGCCUCCACAUGCCCCACGCUCCAUACCACAAAACGUACCACAAAACGUAUCACAAAAACCAACCGCUCGGAAUGUUCAAUUGUGGUGGUGCGAAUGGGUUCGCCGCGACAGAUGCGGAUUCGCCAAACCAUAUCGCCAUGAACAGAAACGUCGCUUACUACACAGAUGGGAGUGCACUGCCGGGGAUGUUUAACUCCCAGGGGGUACAAAAUAUCCUUCAAAAGGGAAGCUAUAAGGAUGAAAUGCGAAGCGACCAAUUUGCAUCCAAUGUGGGGACAAAUCAUAUCAUGCGCGCCAGUGAUGCGGGGAUGACUAACCAGUUCUCCUAUAAUAACGAGCAAACGAUGAACGUGCGCCGCGCCGAUGAUAUGCCCCACUGUACCUCCAACUACCGAAGCGCAGGAGAGAGAAACACAUUCAAUGAUGCCCUCUACGAAGGGGAAAACUUCACAGAAAAAAUAUACACCCAGAAUGGAAACUACUUUAAUAAUAACGAAUUGAGAGACACCACAGAAGAUGUAUCGGACAAUGAAAUGAACAGUGGGGGAGGGAAUGACAACUUGGGAGACGAUGAAAAUACCGUUGAUGAGGGUUCCUCCUGCUAUGUAAAGAAUGGCCUUACCACGAAUGAUGCGGCUGAUCAUUUGAAGCUCCCCUCAAACGUUGCUAAGGGUGUAAGCGGGGUGAAGAGCGAGUCUUGGAAUGGGGAAGAAAUGGGGAAGUGCCUCUUAAAGGGGGGAGAAGUGGAGAAGUACCUCUUAAAGGGGGAACAAAUGGAGACGUGCCCCUUAACGGGGGAACAAAUGAAGAAGUGCCCCUUAACGGGGGAACAAAUGGAGACGUGCCCCUUAACGGGAGAAGAACUGAUGAGGCAUGAUGGCCCCCCCGAGGGGGACCCCCCACCCGAAUCUCCAAAUGAUUGCCCAAACAUGACCAUCGAGAGAAAAGAUCCCAACCAAAUGAACAAUGCAAAUAAAAGGAAGCUAAAAAAAAUGCUUGAAGUUACGGAUAAGCUAAUUGGGAAGAAGUACAGAGGCAUAUCCUACGACCCCACCAGAAAUGGAUGGUCAACGUUUGUUUAUAAAGAUGGCGUUAGGAGGAAGAAGUUUUUUUCCUCUUAUAAAUAUGGUAACCUAUUAGCUAAAAAGAAGUCCAUAGAAUGGAGGCUAAAAAACCUAAACCCCGAUUCAAAUGCCUAUGUGUUUUCUCUAAAGGCGAAGGAAGAAUUCAAUGCCAUUCUGGAUGAUGGCUAUGCAGAUAUCAAAAGCAUUAACUGUGACGGUAGGGGCGGGCGGAACAACGGGGACCGCGCCAACAACAGGGAUAUACUCUACGUGAAUGCUUUUAUUAACCUGUUUAGUAGCUCCGCUGGAGUGGAGAAGGAUGAGCCGGGUGAGCCGAAUGAGCGGAAAGAGACGAAAGAACCGGAUGAGCAGAAUGAGCGGAAAGAACCGGAUGAGACGAAAGAGACGAAUGAAGCGAGUGAACCGUUAUGCCAAAUGGACAAAUCGUCCCAUGAAAAACACGCGGAGGCGUGUACUACAAAAGGCGCACAAGGUGGGAGUGGGCCAGGCAGUAGUGAGCUCGGCGAGGCGAAUGACAAAGUUGGGGGAGCUCACGGGGGAGACAUCGGUGGGAACAAUGUCGGAAGCGAUGAUGCCCACUUGACUGACCGCUCAUACCCCUGCGAUAACCGCACUCCCAGCAACGUCGGUCGGGAACCCCCCUGCGCAAGCGAAGAUAAGGAGGAAGGUAUAAAAAGAAAUUGCCAAGGAAAUGACUCAAUGGUAGAGUGCACCCAUCUGAGUAGCCACUCCAUCGAUCAAGCAGAUGGCUGUCUCCCCCCGAAUGGCGAUUUACUCGUUUAUAAGAAUUACUGUUCGAGGCUGCUAAAUGGGGAGGAAGCCCCGAGAAGUGAACCAGGUGGAAGGAAAGAAGGAAGUGGGCAAAAUACCAACGUGGGCAAUUUAAAUGACGCCGCGGAAGAGGAAGUGAAACGGGCGCGAGGAGAUAUCCCGGAUCAAACGGCACCUCGCCAAAUUGUAAAUGGCCCAAACGGGGAACUGACGAUUUUUCCACACUCAAAUGAUGUGCCCCCUCUACACUGUGCCGUACUCCCGGGGGAGGGAUUAGACCCCCGCCUGCCCAGUGGAGAUAACUUCGUAGUUACGCGAUGUGGGAAUAGGAAAAAGAGAAAAAGGCACAUCAUAAAAAGUGAGGGGAAGAACCCUUUCGGGGAGGGCGGACCGGACGUGACGGGGACGGGCGAUCCCUUCAGUAGUGCGUACUCCGCGCGCGAUGCCGCAGCGGGUGGUUGCAGCGAUAGCGGCAGCGGAAGCAGUGAGCUGUGCGGAAGUGACACCCGCAGCUGCGAUGGACGAAGUGGUGGUCUAAGCGGUGGUCGAAUUGGUGACCAGCGUGAUGGGCAGCAGGGUGACCAACGGGGUGACGGGAACGAAGAGCAGUCCAAACGGUGGAUGGAUAGUACCCCAAUUCAUUCGGUGGAGGGAAGCCACCCCUCCCUUGGGGAAGAAGAAAGCACCUGCAGGAAUCACACAGCCAGGGAGGAUGACUCAAAGGAGGCCCUUCAGUAUGCAAAAGAAGGAACAGCAAAAAAUGAACAUUUGAAACAGUUUAAUUGUGGCAGCGGAGGGAACAACCAAGGCAGCGGUGAUACGGUUUAUAAUAACGCAGGGUUUUACCCAGAUGGGAAUUGCCUAACCAGUGGGCAGCCCCUUCUAAACGGUGUUGCUCCCACAAGUGAAGUGAGCAUUGUAAGGACAUUUUAUCCGGGAGGAUGUGAGAGCAUUCCCCAGGAGCAGCUAACCGAUGGGGUGGUUAAUCGAGCGAAGGAUCUGCACAUGGGAAGAGAGGAGGAAAAUAAUUUGCGCUACGGGGAUGUAACCCGUUUGGAUGAACUCAGCCACGAAAUGGAGAGGCAGGUUGGAUUUCUGAGUGAAGAAGCCGAGGGGAGGUCCCCGAACGGGGUGCAGCAGUGGGAUGCAAACAAUGCCCAACAGUGGGCCGCAAAUGAGUCGCAGCAGUGUACCGCAAACGAGUCGCAGCAGUGUACCGCAAACGGAUCUGAGCAGUGGACCCCCAACCGCGUCGCCGAGGCAGGCACCUCCCCGCGUGAGAGGGACCUACUGCUGGAGAACAAACACACCAGCGACAAAGACAAAAAUUGCUUCCUCUACAAAGACACCCUGCUGAGGUACAUGAACGAGUGCACAUGCACAGGGGAAGAAGAAAGAAGUGUCUUCCUGCAAUUUUUGAGGUUGACCCCGGAGUGGGUUCUCCUAGAGCUAGACGAAUUGGAGGAAGUGUACCACGCCUAUUUCAGGAACAAAAUCGAAUCGUUUUACAAAGCCUACUUAGUUAAGAUAGGCAGUCAAAGCAAUCGAAGCAGUCAAAGCAGUCAAAGCGGCCAGAGUAGUAGCCACCUUAGGGAGGUGCCCGAGGAAGGGUCCUGCCGCUCAGCCAGUGGCUUCCCCACCAAACGCAGCGAAUACAUUAGAGAGCUGCAACUCAUUUUCGAUAAAAAGUUAAGUACCCUCUGGACGUGCAUGAUUUUCCCAAUAGAUUUCCUCUACAUAUUAAACUACAGAAUUUUUAGAAUUUUAAAAAGCAUGAGUAAGAAAAAGGUUAGAAGUUCCAAGCGAGAGGAAGACAAAGAGUUCCAAUGCGUGUUGAAAGGAGUCAGCUUCAUCAAAUAUAAAAGCGCAUGGUGUUUUACAUAUGCAGAUUUGGACGGCAGAAAAAAAGAAAAAGUUUUUCCUAUUAAUCACUACGGAUUUAAGGAGGCAAAAAUGCUGUCCAUUCUGUAUAGGAGAAGCUUCGUUUUGCAUUUAACCAAAAUGUAUACGUUUGUGAAAAAUGUCUUGUUAAAAAGUAAUGCCCAAUCUGGGGGAACCAUAAAGAGAUUGAUCAACCCAAAGUCGAUUAACCAUUUCAUUGAUUACUAUAAGAAGUAUGAGGAGUUCCUUGUUUGCUAUGGAAAAAUCGUCUAUUUUAAUGAAAGCAAAAAUGUAUUUCUAACGACGGGGAAGAAGAGAGACCCUUUGAAUUACUUACCUUUCGAAAUAAGACGUAAAAUAUCUGGAGAAAUGGACCCCCUAAAUUUAAUAACUGCAACGAGAAAUUAUUUUUCCAAAAAAUCGCAACUGGUCAAGUUCCCCAAGGGGGUAGUCUACCUCUCUGGCUACUUCCUAUGGGUUCUGCUCUUCCUCAAUCAUAAUAAUAAGGAAGUGGUUAUCUCCUUUUCUGCUCGGAAAUACUCCUUCGAAACAGCCAAGGAUAGGUGCUUCCAAUGCUACUACUGCUUACUGCACACGUACAAGUUUCGCCCCAUCAACAUGUCAGGCGUUGUAGACCUGAUUUUGGAGACCGAUUUGGAGAGUAAAAAUUAUAACUUGCUAGAUUACGAAGGGGAAGAAAUGAUGCCGCUGGAUUGCUUGUUCCAUUUUUUUGCCCCUUCCAAUUACGUGCUUCAAAAUGGCGUUAUUUAUAAACGGCUUCUUCAUAAUCAGCCCCACCUGGAGGGGCACCUGCGCGGGGAGAAGUACGACUCGCUCUUCCCGAGUGAGUACGUCUCCCUGGACGACUUUCAGACGUACCAGAUUGAGGAAGACUACUUUGUCGAAGCGAGUGAGGGGGGUGGUCCACGGAGCGGGUGCAUGGAGAGCGAUGGAGGAGUGGAUACCCAGGGAAACCUCCUCAACGAGGCAGGAGUGGCCACCCAGGAGCAGUACUCCCCGCGCCAGCACCAACCCGACCGCCACCCGUGCCAUCCAGUAGAACACAGCGAGGGUGGCGAGUGCCAAACGAAGAAGCAUCGCCGCUCAUCAGACGACCUGCUGCUUUAUCAGGAGAUGGAGCAGACGAAGAAGGACAUCCCCCUUUACUUUACGGAUGACGAGAAUGGAAAAUCGAUGCGCCUUCAAAGGAGGGAUAGCUGCCGGGGGAGAAGUUUCAAACGGGGGAAUUGCACCAAUUUGGGGGGCCCACCGGAGGAGGGGGACGUCGCCCCCUGGGAGGAGCACCACCUUCACAGUGACAGCGAUGGAAGCUGCGGUAGUUGCGGUAGUUGCGGAAGUAGCGGAAGUAGCGGUGCCGAUGAAGAAGCGGCUCGAGAACGAGGGUGGGAGAAGAAAAAAAAAACACAUGGGGUACGCCACCCAAGUAGACAACAAAACGAGGACUUCACAAUGUGCCGAAGCGAGAGAGAGGGAAUGCCCAGCUGGGGAGAUCACCCCACAGUGGAUGCCGCAAAUCGGAGGGGAGAUCACCCCACAGUGGAUGUCGCCAAUCAAAGGGGAGACCACCCCACAGUGGAUGCCGCAAAUCGAAGGGGAGACCAUCCCACAGUGGAUGCCGCAAAUCGGAGGGAACCAAACGGACAAGUCAGUUGGGACACCAUCGACAGGAGGAACGGCGAGGAAAGUACUCAUGAAAAUGAAAAAGAUAAUUUUAUAAAUAACGCAGAGAAUUACCAAAACGUGUGGAAUAAAAACAUUUUUCACUUCUUCGAUAACAACAUGCAAGAUGAUUAUUUAAAAAGAAAUUAUGAUGCCCUGUUUAACAAAAAAGAGGAAAAAAAUGUGGUUUUUAAAAAAAUUAGCGAAAAGGAAGAACACGUAGGAGUGUUUAUAAUGCUUAAUUGCCAGUGGCUUUCAGACUCCUUUGUGCAUAACAUAAAUCAGAUAGAAACGAAAUAUGCCGACAUCUAUUCUUUUAAGAAUUAUGUUAAUACACGUGAGGAGGUUUUAAAUUGGAAAUACGAGAAGAAUUUUAUUAAAGAUUGCGCGGACAUUGCUAAGAAGUGUCCGCGAAUUGUUGGCGUUCACUAUGAUACGCAUGCCCAUGCCUGGGUUGCUAACCGUACCUCCAAUGGGAAGAGACGGGACAAGAAGUUUCUGGUGAAAACCUUCGGCUUUUUGCAAGCCAGGAAGAUGGCCAUCGCCCACCGGGAGAAGUGGCAGCAGCAGCAGCGGGAGAAGAACAUCAAUGAGACGGGCGAUUCUCGCGUGGAUACGUGUCAAAUGGAAGAAAGCGAGCAGUAGAAGCGAAAGCGCAACUGCUGUUCUGGCGUACCCCUCCCCUGCAAUAGGGAAAACGCACGACAUGUUUGCACUACCCCGAUGCAGUUUCUUGCUCGUUUUAG